AAUAGACGAUUGACAAUUUACUUGGAUUCAAGAUUUCAUAGCUGCGCCAUCUCUCGAAGUUUAAACGAACUAGUAUAUUACUACACUAGGAAAAGGUGAUAUAAGCUGUCCUGUGCUGCCCUCUUGCGGAAUAAUAAUACAAUACUUAAUGUUACUGUUAUUCAUUCUCUGUUAGAAUAUUCUACAUAAAUACUCGUGAGGAUUGCCAAAGAAGGAUUGUUGCAAUGUAUUAUUUAAUUAAUAAGGAAAACAGAUUAGUUCUUAAUACAAAAUAAGACGUUUCUCUAUUUUCUUCGAUUUAGAAUUUCAUGACCGCUCUAUCUUAUGAAUUUUAAUCGAACUAGCACAGUACUACAUAGGAUAAACUUGAUAUUAGCUUCCCUGUAUUGUCAACUUGGGAAAUAAUAAUGUAAUACUGAUUCUACCUUUCUUCAUUUUCAGUUAUAAUAUUGUAAAUAAAUACUUUUAAGGAUGUACAAAGAAGAAUCGAUACAAUGUAUUAUUAAACUGAUAUGGAUAAUGGGUUGGUUCUUACUAUAAAAUAUGUCGAUCGACUAUUUUCUUCCAUUUUCUUAAACGUUGGCAGCCUUGUAUAUGACUUAUAACGAACACGUUUGAAUUUGUGUUUAUGGUUUUAUGUGUGUUUUUAAUUUGAAAGAAUAUAUCAUUUUUCUUUGAUAUAAUUUUACCACAACAUUUUGCCUUUAUUAUAUAAAUUGGAGCAUGGCAAGUGAAUUAAAUUUAAAUAAUAAGAAUACAGCGUUUUUUUCCAUAUCAUGCUUUUAUUUCAGUGAAUUCGCUUCAUUGUUUUAUAAUGUUGACCUUUUUCGAGAUUAAAUAAAUUUUUUAAUACAUAAAAACCAUCUGUAAAUACAUACUCAAAGAAAUAUGUUUACGUAAUUAUAAUAUAGAAAUAAAAACACGUGUAGUAGACAAAGUAAUAAGAAAAAUAUGAGUGAUUUUAUUGAAGACUCUUUUUCACUUUCUGUUGAUAAACAGAAAUAUAGAAAAGGUUAUCAGAUUUUACCUAAAGUAUCUAAUAGAAUUGAUAAAACUACUAAAGAUAUUUUAAAAGUGCCAAUCAUUGGAUCCCAAGACUUUUCUUUAAAACUUUCUGAUGAUUCUGUCAUAGAAGAUACUCAAGAUAUUCUUCCUGAUAAUAGUGAAGUAAAUACAAACAAAGAUGAUAUUAUUGUCAUUAGCGAUUCAAGCAUUGAUUGCAGUUUAGAUUAUUUUAAUAAAAAAAAGAUUACAACCCCUAUAAUACCAAAAAACACUUAUAAAAGUGUGAUAAGAUCAAAAAAUUAUGCUUUAGAAAUAUCGGAUGAUUCAAGUGAAGACGAAAAUUUUUAUGAAAAAUGGAAAAAUGUAUCAAUGAGAAAUAAACAUUAUGAUAAAUUUUCUAAUUGUAUUGAUAAAGUUACUUCACAAGAUAAGAAUUCAUUUUAUACUUCAGAUGAUAGUUCUAAGAACAGUAAUACAUCAAGUUCUGAACACAAUAAAAAUACUGAUGUAUCUAAAAAUAGAUAUAUUAGUUCAACAUUAAUAAAUGUACAACAUAAUAAUGAAAAAUCGAACAGACAAAUACAAGAUACAUCGGAAAAGGAAGAAAAUAUACAUACUCCUGUUUCGAAUUUAAAUUUAUUAAAUAAAUUGACUAAUUAUAAUAUUAAUAGUAGUAAUAGUAAUACUAAUAAUUCUAAAAAAUCAAAAACAUGUAUACAAUUGACAAAAGGUGAUCUAAAUAAAAUCUUAACAAAUAUACAGUCGACAAAAGCUAUUUAUGAAUCUCCAAAACUACAAAAAGUCAAUAAUGUUGUAAUUGAUGAAACUUUAGAUGAUGAAAUACAUCCAGCUUUAUUAAGUAAUGAUAAUUUAAUAAAAAAAGUUGAUAAGCCACCUGCUACGAUCAUAGAUGAAAUCCCUCCAAAUUCUGAUAUUAUUAAGAAUCAAUGUACUGAAAUAAAUAUAGUAACUUCAUCUAAAAUAUAUGACCAGUCUGUUGACACACCUAUAGAUAAUCAAAUAAAAGGCCUAUCUGAAAGAAAAAAAAAAGAAAUUUCAGAUUGGCUUAUGUUGAGUUCACCACGAUCUUGUAGUGAUAGUUCAUUCAGCAAUGUACCUGCAAGCAGUAAAAAUGAUAUAAGUUCUGGAAACAGUAGUUUAGAAAGAUUGGAGAUGGAUUAUGAAACUCCAAAUAAUAGAGGAAAAAUGAGAUUUAAAACCAAUGAAAACAAUGUUAUUAUAUCAGACACAAAAAGAACUAAUCCUACGGUAUCAAAGCCAAAAACACCACAUAAAUUUUUACACAAACCUAAUGACAAUAUUCCUAAAUCUUCAAACAUUCUACAAAAAAAGAAACCUACUGAUCAAUGUAAAAAUGUAGAUACAAAGCAAUCUAAUAAUAUGAAUGUUAUGGAAUGUACAGAUAUAUUAGAUAAGUUAUAUGGUAAUGUAUGGAGAGAUAAAGCAGGUGCAUUGCUUUCAACUCCAAUAGAAAAACAACAAAUUCUUAUGAAGAAAGAUAGAGCUGUACAAACAGAAAGAAAAGCUACAAGAAAUGAACAUUAUUUAAUAAAAGCAGAAGAUAAACAGAAUAAAUUUAAUACAGAUAAGAAAGUAAGAUUAAUAAAUAAAAAACAAACUAAAUAUACUACGCAAAAAGAUAGUUUCAUUAAUGAUACUUCCUCUGAGAAUGAAUCAGAAAGUUUGUAUUAUACUGCUCUAACAAAUCCACAUGCAUCAAAUAUUGUAUCUGAUAAACUUAAUACUGUAUCAUCUUCUAUUCAAAGAGCUAUUCAAAUAUGUGAUUCUGAUGAAGAAGAUGAAUAUAAUACUAAUUGUCAACCUGCAGUACAGAAAGUAUUAGAUAGGAAAAGAUUAUCAUUUAGCAAUGAAGAAAAUAGUUCUGAUACAAGUGAAUUUGAUCCAGGUGAUGAUAUUACUCAAAAACGUGUAUAUAAAAAAGAUAAAUAUAGAACAAAAAAGAAUUCAAGAACAACAACAACAACAACAACAAAUAGAAACCUUCUUUCAUCCAUAGAAAGCAAGAGAAAGGAAACAUAUAAAAGUUUCUUAGCUUCUUUAUCUGAUUCAAUACCUCUAAUUAGUGCUCAUCCAAAUGCAAAAAAAUAUAGGCUCUCAUAUAAAAAUAAUAAAGAAGAGCUUUGCAAAUAUUUAUACAAAUUAUAUAAUGAAAAUAUUUUUGAUAAAAAGUUACCAGAGGAUAUGACAAUAGAAUGGAAUAUUCGUAUGAGAGGAACAGCUGGAUAUUGUUAUAAUAAAAAAUCUGUGAAACCUCUUGGAGGCAUUCUCAGAUCUUCAAGAAUAGUACUAUCAACUAAAGUUUUAGAUACACCUGAUAGAUUAAGAGAUACCUUAAUUCAUGAAAUGUGCCAUGCUGCUGCUUGGCUAAUAAAUGACGUGUCAGAUGGUCAUGGACCUUUCUGGACAGCAUGGGCUAAUAAGGCCUUGAGAGCAUUUCCUGAACUUCCUCCCAUUCGUCGUUGCCAUGAUUAUAAAAUUAAAACAAAAUUCACAUAUAGAUGUAUCGAAUGUGGAUACAGUAUUGGACGACAUUCAAAGUCUUUAGAUAUUGAAAAGAAACGAUGUGGCCAUUGUUAUGGUAAAUUUGAGUUACUUAUCAACAGAACAACGAAAUCUGGUAGAGUUCAAAUGCAAACGCCAAAAAGAGAACCAUCUGCAUUUGCACUUUAUGUAAAAGAAAAUUAUAAUUCUGUGAAAAAGGACAAGAACUUAAAACAUGCAGAGGUGAUGAAACUUUUAGGGCAACAGUUUUCAGCAAUUAAAAUAGCAAAGAAAGAUGAUAAUAAUGUUGAUAAUAACAAAGAUUCAUCCGAUUGAAUGUAUAUUCUUUCUGUAGAAAAUCUUAUGUGAAAUUAUGUAUAUCAUAAUCACGUAUCUAAUCUUACUAUUGCAGGCACGACAAUGUGAGAUAUGUUAAGUUAUAUAUACAAAAAUGAACUAGAUCAUAGUACAUAAAGACACAUGUUUUUUACAUAAGAAUUAAAACGCAAUCAUUGUUUAUAAACUUAUAAGAAAAUAUCAUAAUAAAGAAUACGUAAGAUUGUUAUAUUAUAAAAAGAAAAUAUAUAUUAAGGUCCUUUAUUGCAAAUUUUAUUUAUCUAAACAUUUAAGAUAUAUUUUAUCACCAAUGACGAUAUAAAGCAAAUGUUUCAUUUGAACCAAUCAAAAAUUUAUAAAAUCUUACGAUUCAUGCAUAUCCGCAUUAAAAUGCAUUAAAGUACUUGCAAGCAUAAUGGACCAAUUAUUUUCGUUAU